AUGCUGUGUGGUGGAGACCGUGAGAAGGGGGAUGUCGCGAUGGAGGAGAAAUGGGACUACGUGAACUUGGACGACUUUAAAUCCGAGUCUUGCUUAACGCCCUUCUCAUAUUUCUUCCUAUGGGUGUUCCUAUUCAUCUCGAUUGCAGUCUACGGUGUCGAUACAUUUACUGCAGUCAACUUGCUGGCUUUCUCUCGAUGGUCCGGAAGAGUGGAACCCGCCAUUCCCUUCAAUAUUUCCCGCUGGAUCUUCGCCGCUUGCAUUAUUGCUUCGUUCGUUCUUUUGGCCUACCGAUGGAUACAUGCCGUUCGCGCCAUCCGCUCGGGUAGUAUUACUCGCAGUUUCCUGGACCCGCUCGCCGUGCGUAUUCAGAGUAUUCGAUUCGGCAGGCGGGGUCGGGGAUACAGGAGAUUCCUUGUCUUCGCUGAAUUAACCAAAGACAGGAAAGCAGCAGAAUAUGUUGCUCUUUAUGCAUACUUUUCUUUCCAGUUCUGGAUGAACACGAUCUUCGCAGAUGGCCCGCGUCAAGUUCUCAAUGCUAUCACUCUCUAUUCGGUCAUGAAAAUGGACCUCAUUCCUGGGGGAAAGAAUGCAGCUCACGAUGAUGGAAGUUCCUCGGCUGCUCAAUUCUUCAACAACGUUAAGAUUUUGGCCGAGGACAGCACCCUUCAAGCCGUGGUUUUGUUUGGUAUGCUUUUUACCCUGGUCAUUUGGGUGCUAUCGGUUCUCAAGUUGAUCUCGGCAAUCGUACUCUAUUUGAUCUUCCUGUUCCACCAUAUCCCAGCGGAAGACGGUACUCUUUCGAGGUACUGCCGUCGGAAAGUCGGUCAACGUCUAAAGCGCAUCACGCACCGCAAGAACAACAAGGCCCUGGCAAAGGGACUCAAAUUACAGAACCGAGCACCCACUCAGCCAUCGCUGGCCACGGAUUCGAACCCGACUCUGCCGUCUUUCGCCGAAGACAAGGUCUCCGCAGUACAUUCUUUGUCGCGAAGUACCACCCAGACUACUCUGCCGCCUUACUCGCGAUCGACCUCGACAGCGCCGACACACAACCCGACACUUCCGAAUCUAAACUUUGAUGGCAAACCAACGUUGGCCCGAACCGGGACUUCAUCUUCAGCCAUGUCCGAGUCUGCCUCACUGACCGGCAAUGCGGCCGGAAUGGGAUACACGCCUCUUGAUGGGCAGAAGCCGUCGCUUCCGACGCUUCCCCCGGUCCCUCCCCUACCGGCUAACGUUCCAUCAAGGAAGGCCACUCCUCACUCUCAAGCGACUCCUGCGCCAUAUGGCAAUGAUGGUCGUAAUACCUCCGGCCCUGGAUAUCGCAACUUGACCGAUAGCUCUGGUUCUCGACGAUAUCAGAAUCACACCCCAGCGCCCGAUUAUCCCUCAGCUGAGGUAGAUGCAUCCGAUGAUCACGAUCAUUACAAUCGUGGCAAUGCGCCAGCUCACUACGACCCAUACGGUCCUCCAAGGGGUACAUACGGCGGAGAGGACGAAUACGGAGCAGGUUUCGCGCCUCCAGGUAGCCAGAGAAACCCGCCUCGCACACAGCAAGAUUACUAUCCACAGGAUCCAUAUUCUGCAAGAUCCUACACGCCGGCUGGCACCGGUGCGACGCCUGCUCCUUACCGAACAUACACCCCGGCAAGCACCGGUGGUACUCCCGCUCCCUAUCGGACCAACACUCCGGCAAGCUACCAACCCACACCUCCCCCACAAGCAGCCGCAUACGGACAGCCACCACAAAGGACAUACACCCCAAUGGGUUCAGCAACUCCCGCUCCUCAAAAUGGUGGCUAUGCAGCUUUCAACCCGCCAAUGGCUCAUCAGACACCCCAGCCUCGCUCCCAGGGGCCUCGGGCCAAUACCGCUUCGCCCUCGGCUAUGCAUAGCGCUCCACCGGGGCACACAUUCAAUCGCGCAAAUACGCACCAAUAUUGA